CCCUGAAGAGGUGGAGAGGAUGCCGGUGCCCCCCAGGCUAAGGAAGGGGGGCAGCAGGCCAGCCAUCACCCACCUCUCUACCAUCACUGAGGAGGAUGAAGAGCAGCGGUGUCGCCGCAAGAAACGAAGGAAAAGAGAAUCUGACUACAAUUUGAAGAGUGAUGAGAAGAAAUCUUCAAGUCAGCCAGACUGGUCCACCUCUGGACACAACACGUACAAUAUUUACAGCACUAGUGAUGCACAAAAUACAGGAAAAACAGCAGAACCUUUGGGGCUUAAACUGGACGAGAGACAGAGACUGGCUCGAGAGAGAAGGGAAGAGAAAGAGAAACAGAUAGCUAUGAAAGAAGCUCAGUUGCUUGAGAGGGAGGAGCGAGCAAGGCAGUAUUAUGAGAAGCAGGUGGAGGAGAGGAGGAGACGAUUAGAGGAGCAGAGGUUGAAGGAGGAGAGGAGGCAUGCUGCAGUGGAGGAGAAACGACGGCAGAAACUAGAAGAGGAAAAGGCACGGUAUGAGGCGGUGAUGAGAAGGACCAUGGAAAAAAGUCAGAGAGCCAGACCUAAGUCAAACCGCUGGAGCUGGGGGGGACCUCUUACCACAAGCACCUCACACAACAGUGACCCUGACAGAAGAUCGGUCUCCACUAUGAAUCUAUCCAAGCACAUAGACCCAGUUAUAACCAAACGCCUGUCUUCUUCUUCUGCCACCCUGCUGAACUCACCAGACCGAGCUUUACUGAAGCGGACGUCUCUCUCUUCAUCUUGCUUAGUAAACAAAGUUCACUCUAAAGUUCGUGCUUCCAGAGAGAAGAUCCAACAGGACAGACCUGCAGGUAUGCGUCGUUUGCCUCUUACUGCAUGGGAGGUUAAUGUAGUGAGUCGCUUACAGACACCAACUCACUCGUACUUGGCCAGAAGCCGCAGUGCUAUGUCACUGUCUGGAGAUGCAGGUUUAGUGACCCCCGUUUGUCCUCGCUCAGCCUCCUGUCAUCAUGCAAUGAGCUCGCUGUCCAAGUCUCAGCAGUCACGCAGCACUGAGCGACCAGCUAGGUCCGGCCUUAGCCUAGAACGACCUCUCAGAGCUGGUCUGGACGGCGCCACUCGGCGAAAGACAACUCAUAACAUAAUGGUUGAUAGAAAGGAUAAGGACUAUGUGAGAAAAUCCUGGAGUAAUCUGUCCUUUCCCACUUCAACUCUGACCCCCAUAAGCACCAAGAGAGCGCCCUCUCCUGGAAGUCAGCGCACCAAACUUAGCCAGCCCUCCCCUGUCAGGAGCCCCACUAAACCACCUCAGAAGGCUCCCAUAUCUAAAAGGUCCAGAUCUCCCCCUCCUCCAGCUUCUUUGCCCCUGUCUCGGAGCAGCCCCUCUCUGUCUUCUGGUAACAUCCGACCCAACCGGGUCACACCAGAGAGUCAGAGAGUGAUUUCAGAGGGCAUAAGGAGCAAGAAAGAGGAACAAAAUACAAUUAAGGAAGGUGAAGAGGCACAAAUAGAGGACAAUGAUGAUGAAGAGAAGGCUAAGAAGGCAGAACAAGAGGAGCUGGAGAAGAUUGAAAGUCCAGUCAAAGCAGCACCUAAAGCUGAACCUGCCAUUGAAAGGGUGGCUAGUCCACCAGCAGUAAGACCCAGUGCGGGCACUACCGACCCAGAAGAGGCCUCUCGCCUGCUGGCAGAAAAACGACGACAGGCACGAGAGCAGAGAGAGAAAGAGGAGGAGGAGAGGAGGCUGAAGGAGGAGGCUGAGAGGCGCCAUCGAGAGGAGAUGGCUCGGAAAAUAGCAGAGGAGCGAGCAAAGAGGGAGGAGGAGUCUCAGCGACUGGCCGAGGAAAAGAAACAGGAGGAGGAGGAGGAGAGACGUGCAGCUGAGGAGAAACAGCAGAAGGAGAGAGAGGAAGCUGAACUCCUACAGAAACAGAAAGAGGAAGAGGAGGCACGGCAGCGUGAAGAGGCUGAGCGUUUGCGUCAGGAGAGAGAGAAACACUUCCAGAAAGAGGAGGCUGAGCGUCUUGAGAGAAAGAAGCGUCUUGAAGAGAUCAUGAAACGCACACGCCGCUCUGACCAGAAACCCUCUAAUCAAGGGAACGGUGAGGUGGCCCAGCAGGAGGGACAGGUCUUGGAAGUGAGUUUGGCGCCUGGCAUUCCUUUGAUUACUGUGUCUGCCCCACAACAAACCUCUGAGAGCUUACAGCACAGUGACCGUAACGGACACCCUGACUCAAGUAUCAGCCUAGACACUGGUCGCAGUGUGAGCACAGAAAUCCAGCUCAGGGAAAACGGUGUUGUUAUGGAGACUCAGGACUUUGAGGAAGUGAUCGAGGUGCCCAUGGUGACCAAGCUGUCCCGUUCAGAGGGAGACGGCGAGGAGGACCAAGAGAUGAAAAAGACGCCGCUACUGGCUUUCAGAGAGAAUGGCAGCACUUAUAACUUGAACACAGUGGAGCUCAGCCAAGCCCCGCAGCAAACAGAUGAAGAAGAAGUGUGACGGUGCUGAAUGGGAAAGAUUUCAGUGACUGAUACCUGCUUGGCUUUUCCCCCUUUAACAUUCCCUCUAGUUUGCACUUAAGUACCUGGAGAUGUGAGGAGAAUCUAGUGUGCCUCCCAUCUUCUUACGGUGUGGACAGCUCCAUAAAUGAAUGUCCUUGUGCUUCCUGCAUUGCGGCUCCUGCCCUAACCCCUCCCAGGCUAAAGUGGUAGGUUCCAGGAACUGAGAGCUCAGUAGUGGCUGCAGGAGCCACGUCUGUCUAAAACCUUUAGUUUAAAUCUGCUGUACAGUCUGAUCUAAUACUUGAAGAUUUUUUUUGUUUGUUUCUAUCGAGGUAGCCCUUAGUAAAGUGCUUACCAUGCAGACUGUGUCAGAUAAUGGAUGGUUUUUGUGAUGUUUAGGUAAAUAUAAUGCAAAACUUCUUGGUUUUGCUCUGAGUGAAUCAUAUAUAGUGUAACAUUAAUUUCACUGCUUAGUUUGAUCAUUCAUUUUACAGAAUGAAGAAAAAUAUGAAAGUAUUUUCCCAGUUAUAUAAAGCUUUAAAAUACAUUUGGUUGAUCGUGCUAGUGUUCCUAUUGAUGUCCUAGUCAUUUUAUUGACUCUAAUAAUUUGUUAAAUGAAUCCAAAGAUCCAACACAUAAAACACUUUCUAACAUCCGUUUAUGGGUUUAUGGGCUUCAGACCUCUGGGCUCUGUGAAAAAUCUGAAUUGUCCGCUUACCCCAGAUGUACUUAAUCAGCCAAGACAUGUUUGUGUCUGUGCAUUUGCAAUAAACUUUAAGGCUUAUAUAUAUAUUUAAAAAAAAUUCUCUAAUUAUCGUUUUUUCUUCAAAUUAAAUCUGUGUAAUGAAACGAAUUUGGAAUCAUAAACUCAAUAUUAGAAAUAAAAUUCAAUUAAGCAGAGUGUAUCGUUACACUACUAAUACUAUAUGUAGCUAGUUAGGGUGCGACCUUAAUACAAAUGUUUGUCCUGAACGGUUGUUGUUGGCUUUUUAAUUUUGUAUUUUUAUAUUUGGGGUAAGUGGAAUUUUGAGUGGACUUCUGUGCUGCGAUCAUUAAAGUAAACAAGAAAUCAAUACAAAUAUCACUGAAACAAAAGAUCAUUGUGAACAAAUGCAAAAUACUCGAAGUGCUGCUACGUUUCGAUGCCUUAUCAAAUUAGAUUUUUAUUUGUGUAAAUUACAAGAUCACUGCAUCUUAUCGAUUGUGUUUGGUUUAAGGAUAAUUUAACUUCACUGUCCAAACAUCCAUGCCACAUAUUCACAUAGCUCGCUUAGUUCUUUCUCAGGCUUUAUACCAAACCACUUUGUAGCUGCUGCUAAAAAACAACCCUGAAAACUGGAAGUGUGGCGCUUCUGGCUCUGUAAGCGACUGGUUGUUAGCUAAUUUUGUUGCUUCUGUGAUGAAAUGCUACAGCACAUGGGGUAAGCUAAGUUAUUGUAUAUGUAAAGUAAAGAAUUUGUAAAUUUGUAUGCAUUGAAUAGAAAUUCAAACUUUUAUAUUGUAAAGAUAUUAAUAAAGCUUGAAAACCAUGUGCAAGCAUCAGAAACUGAUGUAUAUCCUGGAAGGCACUUUAGUAACUCUGUAGUCUUGUGGGGGCAGCUGGGAGCUCUUGUUAGAUACUGUAUGUCUCACUGCAAAAGCUAGGAAUUUUGCUGAAAUCAAGCUCGGAUAUACCCACGUACUGUUCAGACGCCAUCUCUUAAAACUGAAGCAUUAUAAUACAUAGCUCAAGUGAAACUUAUUUUCUCAUGACAUUUCCACAACACAUUCUGUGGGCUACAUUACAGGUUUCUCCAGAAUUUUGCUAAGACAUAGUCUGACUCCACGAGACCACUAAAACUGAAACCUGCAGUUGUAUCCUAAGGAAUUAAGCGCAGUUUUGUUAUAUUCUGGUCACAUUACAUAGAGAUGAUAUUGAAGGCUUACUUGUAUGCAUGAGAGAAGUCAUAUAGCUUAGCAUUAGUUCAGUAGUUUCAGAGCUCCUCACACUUAUACAUCAUGUUUAAUCUGCUUUUUCAUUUCUUUGCAUAAUCAUCACAUUAAACAGAAAUGUUUCUUCCCAGGCAGCCGAACAUGUAUAGCAUGUACAAUCUCAAAAUCAAUAAAAAUGUUUGGAAAACA